UCCCUCGGUUGAGAAAGAGUGAAUAUGAAGCUGGUUGUUUUCUGCUUCCUCGCAGCCUGGUGCGGCUCUUUGGUCGGCGCGUCGACCUCUCGGCCCACCACUCGGCCCCCCAUGUUCAGGAGGAAGCUGGAAGAGGUCCUGGGACAUCUGCAUCGUGUGAAAGAGAGCCAGCAGCACAAUGAGAAGACGCUGAAUAUUCCGCCGCAGUCUUUCAAGGACCGCUGCUGUGUGUCAACGCUGAAAUACUUCCUGGAAAAUCUGGAAAAGCAAUUCAACGCGUCGCAAGACAAACUUUACAGGAGCCUCAAGCAGCGCAAAACUGAGAGAGCUCUCUGCCCUUCAGGAGACAUUCAGGCAAACUGCCAAACCUACAACUCGCAUCCGGGCACGGUGCAGGUAUUCUUCGAAAGACUCCAGUCUUUUAUUGAAGAGGUAAAUCCUUUUUUUCUUUUCUUAUCCAACACAUUCUGUUUGAACAUAAAUAGGGGUGGAGAUCUGUAGCACUACAUUAAAGUGUUAACGGUUUAACU